GGGUUGGUAUACCCAUUUUAGAAUCUGUUCGUCACCGGAGAAAAAUUUCGAACUUGCAGGUCCUAGAGGCAUCGAGCUCCGCUCGAACUCUCCUAUCCUCACCGCUAUGUUUUCCGUAGCAUCACUCCUCAACCCUGUUAAGCCAGAAGGGAGAGGGACACGACUGCCCUCAAGUCCCUCGUCGUCCGUCACAACAUCGUCUUCUUAUGGCAGCCCUCAAUUGCCAACGCAGUCUUUCAUCAAAAAGCAGAAGAUGACUAAGGAUGGUGCUAUUUUUACCAAGGGUAAGAUAAAGGGCGAAGUCAAUUUUCCACCGUUUGAGCUUCUUGAUGAGGAAACGAUGCGCGAACUCAGAAGGUUUGAAAUUUAUCCUUUGGGCAAGGUACGGGAGUACUGCCGUCACAUUCCAUAUAAUAGUGAGAAGAAGAGCUUCUUAGAGAAGACAGGCCGAGAAAGCUUUGAGGUCUUCCAAUACACCUUCAAAGUUCCCGGAGACGAUAAGGAGUACACCGUGAUGUGGGAUUAUAACAUUGGGCUCGUUCGCAUCACCCCUUUUUUCAAGUGUUGCAAGUACUCAAAGACGACUCCCGCCAAAAUGUUGAAUAUGAAUCCCGGCCUGAAAGAGAUAACCCAUAGCAUUACGGGUGGUGCUUUAGCAGCACAGGGCUACUGGAUGCCCUACUCCUGCGCCCGCGCGGUCUGCGCCACCUUUUGUUCUCAUAUCGCGGGAGCACUUAUCCCGAUCUUUGGUCCCAGAUUUCCCUCCCAAUGUGUUCCCCCCGAAGCUCCCGAGCACGGCCGAAUGAUCAUCGACAACUCACUGGUCGUAGCUGCCACUGCAGAAGCUGAAACCUUCCGACAACAAUACAGCAGCUUCACGCCCAAAUCCACCCCACGAACCAGUUACUCGCCCCAACACUCCAUUAAACAUGAGCCCAUGCGCGUGACGCCCCCUACCCUCGAGCGGAGACUACGCUUGAAGCGAACUUUCGGAGAGAGUCCAUAUGGUACAUCCACAGACACGGAUGUCGAUGCAAAUGGCAGCGAGACCAGUUCUGGAGACGGAUACUUUUGCUCACCCGGAACGCCUGCCAGUCUUUCAAGCCUGUCGCAUCAGUGGAACCGCAAUAUGAUUUCCCAUUCUGCCAAUGCAUGCAUCAAUAUCUCGGGCCCAAAGCCGCUCACAGGACCUAACCCCUGGCUGAGUGCUAUUCCGCGCUCUAGCGGCCUGCCGGAUAUGACCAUGGCGGGAACAUGGCGCAAUAAGCGCCGAGUUGAGGAGGUAGAUGCGGACGAUGAGGGAUAUGAUGGCGAGGAAAGUGCUGAGAGUGGUAGGGAUGAUAAGAGUGCUGACGAGGAGAAAACGAGUGAUGGUGACGUUAGUAUGAGUGGGAGUGGCGUUGGAGGUGCCGAAAAGAAGGCAGCGUGGCUUUUGAUGAAGCUCAGUGUUAAGGAUGGGGAGCGUGGCGGCGACAUUCUAGGAGGGACUAAGGAGAAGGAAAGUGAUGAGGCUCCAAGGGUUAAGAGAAGGAGGGCUACUAGUAUGUGAAUGUUGGGAUAAUAGUGAGAGAUCAGAUGGAGAGAGAAUCAUGAGAUGGCUGUGAAGAUUGUUGUUGAUGACUGGGCGUAAUGGGCAAGGAGGGAAUCUG